AUGGACCACGACUUCUCGCAGUGGCAAACUUCCCCCGACCAAACGCAGUUCACAAGUGUUUGCCCACCGAAUUUGCACCCUCAUUCUUCCAAGUCGCAGGCAGCCCUGGGCGUGGUGCGAAAGACGGCGAGAUGGAACCAGCUGGAGCACAAAGCGUUCAUUGACACUUGCGAACUUGUCAUAGCUGAGGGUCACCGACGAGGGAAAUGCUUCUCCUCGAAAGGAUGGCAACGAAUAUCAGACCUGUUCAACUCGUCGACGGGGAAGGACUGGACGACAACGCAGAUGAAGAACUAUUGGAAUAAACUGUGA